AUGUUUUAUGGGUUUAAAGAUUAUCUAAUUGGACAAUGUUCCUUUGGAAAGACCCCUUCCGAGACUUACUCUGGUGACAAGCAGGAAAAAAUUUGCGAUUUUGUGCAGUUAGUCCUGUUCGGCUUUUGCAUCUGCCUAUCUUCGUUUUUAUUCCACCUAAUCAUCCUUCCAAUAAGGAUCGUUACCGGGGUUUUCGUUAUUUUAUCGAGGCUUUUAAAAAAGAUAUUCAAAAAGACGCCAGUGCUCUCUUGUAAUGCAGAAUUUCAUGAUUGCGUCAAAUUUUUUGUCUUCUGCAUUAGCUGUUUCUUUUUGGGGCUAGUUGAUCUUUCCAAAUUGUAUCACUUUAUUAGAGGCCAAAACAUUGUCAAGCUUUAUGUGAUUUUUAAUGUUUGCGAGAUAGCCGAUAAGCUGUGUUGCUCAUUUGGGCUGGAUUUGCUGAACGCCGUCGUUAACUCGCCCCCUGUCAAUGUUUUCGGAUUUUCCAGGUUGAUUUCCAAAAUGCAUCAACCUCACAUGUCGUCUGAAAAAAACUUUAAAUUUAUAACGCUUCUUGUUAUUUCUUCCGUGUAUUGUUGCAUUCAUACGCUUGUGCUGAUUUAUCAAAUCAUUGCGCUUAAUGUGGCCAUCAAUUCUCACAGCAAUGCGCUGCUAACCUUGCUACUAUCAAAUCAGUUUGUGGAGUUAAAGUCGUCUGUUUUCAAAAAGUUUGAAAAGGAAAAUUUGUUCCAAUUAUCGUGUUCAGAAAUGGUUGAAAGAAUGGUUAUCUUUAUGUUCUGCGUGAUGAUUGGCUGGAGGAACGUCCUCCAAUUGACUAGUGAUGAUAGAGCUUCUUUCUGGCAAUUAGUCGUUUUAACAUUUACCCCGCUAUUGAUAACAUAUGUGUCUGAAAUAUUUGUGGAUUGGCUCAAGCAUUGCUUUAUUACCAAAUUUAACGCCAUCAAUCCGAUGGUGUACGACACAUAUUUCAGUAUCCUCUGCAACGACAUCACACCGUUUUCCUCGAUUUCCCCUUUGCAGAACAAUGUAACCAGUUGUGUUUAUUUAAUCGUUCCUUGUCCAUUUAGGAUGCUAAUUUAUCUAAAAUUGUUACCGUAG